AUGCCUACCUUUUAUGGAAGUAAGGGAAAACUUGCAAGUGUUUGUUUCAUGCUUCAGCACGCAUCCCAGGACAUGACCCAGUCCUGGCCUUACCAGCCGCCCCCAGGCGAAGGGGGAACUCAGCAUUUCCUGUACUCCCACUCAAAGGAGGGAAAACAGCCCAGUGGACGACAAAGACAUGCGAGGGACGGUGUGUCUAUGAGGAUGCCCUCACGUCCACUCGUGGCCCCUCAUAAAUCCAUGCUUGCUGAUGACCUGAAGCUCAGCAGUGACGAAGAUGACAAGGACGAGGGAAGCGAGCAAACAACUUCCUGGGCUGAUAAUGACCGCUUGUCAAGCCAGCACCAGCAGCAGCAGCAGCAACACCACACACACACACAUGUCGGAAGGGUGAGACAUUCUAGCUCUGGGUCUUCAGGAUCAGACCCCUCCAGUGAUUGGGAAAGCAGCAGUCAACGUUCACGCAGCCUGAGUCCAGGGGCGCACACCCGGUGCGGGACACCGACCCAACAGCGAACCCUAAACUGCAGCACAGAGACGGAAAGUCCACCAUCCACCCAAUGGCAGCUGGACAGAUGGCUUGAGAAAGUACCUAAAAAGCAUCAGUCGACUGGCUACAAUCCAGGAGGAGGACACCGACAGAGUGAAAAAUCUGACUGUGAUCGUGGACCAUCUCCUGGAAGAGACUGGAGCAGAGAAUCUGAAUCCAGGCGGGAUUACAGUCCAUGUGAAAGUCCGGUCCCAAGUCCGAAAUUUGACUAUAGCCCCAGAAACAGUCCUCAUCCCAGCCCAGGAUACAGUCCAUGCCCCAGUCCAGGAAAUAGCCUUGUGCAAAGCCCAGUGCCAAGUGUGUGCCCAAGUCCAGGAGACAGCCUCCAAGGGAGUCGAAGUCCCAGCCCUUUACCGCCACACCCUCCCAGAAGCCCCAGUCCAAGUCUCUUAUCCAAAGCAGUACCUAGCCAAGGUAUAUAUUCUCAGGUACAGCCAUCUCAACAGGAAAGUCCCAGGCAUAUUUCACGGCCAUCAGUUGCCUCCAAUCCUGGACAUCAUCCCAAAGUCAGGCCAUGGGUGCCUCAGGACCAUAGCGCUAACCAGAGAAAAGAGUUAAGAGCCAAAGAUUCUCGGUCCAAAGACUCUCAGUCCAAAGACUCCAGACCUGGUCCUCAACAUCAAUCAUUUAAUUCCAAACACAGCUCAACAGAAAAGUCACAAAAAGAUUUCACACACAAGCUUGAAGCCGAAAACUCUGAAUCCACAAGAAAGCAAAGGUUUAACUCACCUUCAAAAACUGUUUCAAAACAUCCGUUGAAGCAAAGACUAAGCAUUAGCCCAAAACCUCAAGCCAGACCCUUAUCUACAGUUGAUCAUAGUAGUGAAUAUAAUCACAAAAGCAAUGAGCCCACAGCACUGUCAGUUAACUAUUCAACCUCCAAAUCAGGGCAUUCAUCUCAUUUUAGUAUUUUAAAAAGUUCUGAAUGUGGUCCCUUGUCAAAGUUUAAGGACUCAUUGCAACGUGAAGCGAACAAUCGAUCAAGUCACAGCUCGAAAAAUAAAACUAUCCCCGAUACCAAUCGAUCCAGGUCUAAGCAGACUUCCCAAUCGAGCUCCAGUCCAAAACCCAGGCCCAAACUAGAGGACAGCUCAGUUUCCAGAACUGGGCACUCCCAAAAAGAGCCAAAACCCAGAGAGAGAGAUCGGGAGGUGAACAGCCGAAGUAGAGCCCAGGGAGUGAACCUGGUGCCAACCGGCAAGGAGCAGAGACAUAGAAGACUGGCGGAGGAGCAGGUAAUAAGGCGCCGCUGGGUUCGGAGUUCUGAGGAAGAGGAAGGUGAGGAAGAUAGGAGACCUGAGGAAGGGGAGAGAGAGAGGAAACGGAGAAGGAGGAGGGAACCAGAAGCUGAAUGGAGGGCAGUGCAACCCAAGCAAAGACCUCACACAAGCCAGCAUCACACACAAAAGGAAUGCAAUGGACCCAACCUUGAGGAGCAGAGGAGGAAGAAGAGACGGUGGGGUAACGAAGACAUUUCCUCACGUCCUUAUGUGACAGACUCCAGCCCUUCUCCUCCACUCUCUCCACCUUCCCCUACUCCUGUCGUCAAGCCCACACAUCCGCCAUCUUCCUCAUCCUCAUCCUCCUUUUCGUUUUCAUCAUCUUCCUCUGAAUCAGACUCUGAGUCUACUCCACCCAAGAACAUUGCGAAAGUCCCUGCAGAUUCAACAUCAAACAAAAAAACUGUAUCAAAGAGCAGGCACAAGAAACAAGAUUCAGGCUCAAGUAGUCACCCCGAGAGGUCCAGCUUAAGUACCCCUGAAACAGAAAAACACAGUCGGGGGAGACACAAACUCUAUACACUCGUUCCUUUUGGCCGGACUGAAAAGUCCCCCACCAUCCCUCAUCGAGGCCUGAAAAAACUUGUUGUGAGGAUAGACCUCUGUCUUCUGGGCAGGGUCCCGAGUGCAGAUGAGCUUACAGAGAGACAGUCUUCGUCUUCAUCUGUGUCAUCAGGAAAGGCAAAAGAAAAGUCAUCAAUGAAGCACCUGAAUCACUCUGACCAACCUCCUGGAGAUGGCAGAAGUAAAAGAAAGGCUGAGAAUGGAGACCUUCAAAGAGAGAAUAAGAGAAAUCACUCUUGUACAGAUAAACAACCAUCAUCAGUCCAUCAUGAGACAGAGGAAACCUGUGUGGACAAUAAACAAAACGGAUGUCAAGAGGAUUACUUUUACUCCAAGAGGCCAGUGUCCCCAUUAUCUCCUCCGUCUAAUAUACUGGAGAUCUCAAAGCACUCUGUGAAAGCUCAGCAUGCAGAGAAGUACCACACACCUCCAGAAAAAGACAAUGAUUCAACAGCACAGAAAACCCAGAUCCAAAAGACGCAGCCCAAGGUAGAGGUGGAAUGUAUUGGGGUGUCAGGACAUCUACAGCCUCUCUCUGGAUCGAGGGUUCCUCCCCCAAACCUUCCUCUUCACUACAGAGGAACAGUACCUAUUAGUGAUGUCUCUCAUCAUGCUGAGUAUUAUAUGCAUGAAGCCAAGAGAUUGAAGCAUCGAGCAGACGCUAUGGUAGAUAAGUUAGGAAAAGCUGUGAAUUAUGUGGAUGCUGCUUUGUCCUUCAUGGAAUGUGGUAAAGCCAUGGAAGAGGGACCACUGGAAUCCAAGUCUCCAUACACCAUGUAUGCUGAGACGGUUGAGCUCAUAAGAUACGCUAUGAGACUAAAGAGCCACGCAGGGCCUGGAGCCAGUCAGGAAGACAAACAGCUAGCUGUACUAUGUUUCCGCUGUCUUGCUCUUCUUUAUUGGCAAAUGUUCCGACUUAAAAAGGACCAUGCUCUGAAAUACUCUAAAGUCCUGCUAGACUACUUCAAGAGUUCUCCAAAAGGACCUCACAACCCCCCUACAUGGAACGAUUCUGGAAAAGAAACUGUUCCUCCGGCCUCUAUUUGCUCUGUCAGUAUAAUGGGAUCUCACACAGGCAGAUCACCAAGCACAGUCAUCAGCAUUCCACAUCGCAUCCACCAGAUGGCAGCAAAUCACCUCAACAUCACCAACAGUGUCCUGUACAGUUAUGAGUACUGGGAGGUGGCUGAUACGCUGGCCAAGGAGAACAAAGAAUUUUUCAACUAUCUGAACACGCUGACUGGACCGUUGACUCUGCACAGCAGCAUGGCUCACAUCGUCCAGUACACCAGGCAAGGGCUCCAAUGGAUCCGGAUCAGUGCUAAUCUGUUAUAAUACCAUGUACAGACAUUUAAAAGCUUCACAAAUCACUUAUGGAAACAAUGUUUUGAAGACAAACUAGCAAAACAUUUUAGUUACAUGCAUUCUGUGAUAUUAAAAGUGUCUGGUUUAAGGUCAAGACGGAGAACUGCCUGCCAUAGAUUCACAACUGGCUCAAAUUAGGUGGCUUCAUGUCAUUUACUUUACUUUCUUUGUUACUUCACCUUUGGUGAGCAUUAAAUGUGAUGAUAUCUGAGGACAGAGUGUCAGAAAUAAUCAUGUUUACUUAAAUGUCAUCAAAACUUGCCGUUCAGAUUGAAAACAAUUCAAUCAUUCAAUUCUUAGCACUUGUGUAGCGUGCUAAUCUUAUUGAACGUUUUGAAAAGGUACUGUUUUCGGCUAAUAUAACUAAUGCUGCUUUUCCAAAAUGUGCCACGUUUUAUAUAAAAAAAUAUUGUAAUUAUGAUGUUUUUUUAUGCCAGGGUGUUGCAUUCAUCUUUCAUGUUUUUUAUUUUACAUAAGCCUUUCAUAGCUUCUUAAUGUAAAAAUCAGUGCAUGCACAAAGUCUCUCUCAGAUCUGUGGAUGUGAUUCAUGUUUUUUUUUUUACAAAGUUCUUUGUGCAAUAAGUCUGAAUUUUACAUAUGUGUCAUGUAGAUGUUUUGGUGCUGUUUUCCAAUAGCCAGCAUAAAGUCAUGCCAGUCUAUGCAAGACUGUAAAUGGCAUUGUGAAGUUGUUGUAAAUUUGAAAUGUAAGAUUGACAAACACAGUCAGGACUUUUAUAAUUAAAAUGAUUUUACAGUAAA